CUGGAGUGUAUUUUCCAGAUUGAAGUUUUACUUCCAGAUCCAGCCUCUAGGGGGGUAACAGCAAAUCCAGCCCAGGACUCACGGCAGACUGGGCUGCUGGUCGAGGCAAAAUCUCAGCACAGUCUGGAUGACAGGACUACAAACUAGGACGCCGUUAGCUGAGAACAAAUGUAAACUAGUGAACUAGAAGUUCGUAAAUGCCUUAGUAUGAUGAAGUGAAGAUCAUGUAGAGAUGGUUUUGAUGAAGUUUGGGUCAGUUUAGAGAUAGUUUGGAGAGUGUUGGCACGAGAGGUUUAAGCUAACUUUAGCAACACUAGCUCGCUUAUGUUAAUUCUGAAGAAGUUAACUAGCAUAGCGUGUAAUUAUAUUAAAAGAGAAUAGAAAAGUUUAACUCGGGUAAAUAAAUCAUGGCGUCGAUGUUGUUUUAUUCCACAACACUUCCAGAGGAGCUCUUUUGACUGUCAACAAGCCCACUGACGUUAGCUAACCUGGCUAAGCAGCUAGCUCGACUGCUAUCAUGGCCAAAAUAGAAAACGGCCGUCAAUCCGCGGACACCAUGAGUAUCCGGACUGUCAGCAGCACUCAUCUGGACGAUGAAAGCUCUCUGGGAUCGGACUCUGAGAUCAAUGGAUUCACUAGCGACAGACACACCGAUAAAUAUGGAUUCAUCGGAGGGGCGCAGCAGAGCUCAGAGGGACAAACUCGGGAAGUCCCUCCAGAGGUGCUCAGGCAAAGAGAGGUGAAGUGGCUGGAUAUGCUCAAUCACUGGGACAAGUGGAUCAUCAAGAGAUUUGAUAAGGUCAGGCUGCGGUGUCAAAAAGGAAUCCCUCCUGCCCUCCGUGGCCGUGCAUGGCUCUACCUGUCAGGAGGGAAGAUGAAGAAAGAGCAGAACCAGGGAAAGUUUCAGGAACUGGACAGCGAGCCCGGAGACCCCAAAUGGGUCGAUGUGAUUGAGAAAGACCUCCAUCGUCAAUUUCCCUUUCAUGAGAUGUUUGUUUCUCGGGGAGGACACGGGCAGCAGGACCUGUUCCGUGUUCUGAAGGCCUACACCCUGUACAGACCAGAGGAGGGGUACUGCCAGGCUCAGGCACCCAUUGCUGCUGUUUUGCUUAUGCACAUGCCUGCCGAGGAUGCCUUCUGGGGGCUGGUCCAAAUUUGUGAGAAGUAUCUUCCUGGCUACUACAGUCCUGGCCUGGAAGCGAUACAGUUGGAUGGAGAGAUCCUGUUCGCUCUGCUGCGACGUGUCUCCCCGCUAGCUUACCGCCAUCUGGAGAAACAUAAGAUCGACCCCAUCCUCUACAUGACUGAGUGGUUCAUGUGUGCCUUCUCCAGGACGCUGCCCUGGGCGUCUGUGCUGCGUGUCUGGGACAUGUUCCUCUGUGACGGGGUGAAGAUAAUCUUCCGUGUGGGUCUGGUGCUGCUGAAAUGCAUGCUGGGUACCAGGGAGAAGCUGAAAGCAUGCCAGGGCCAGUAUGAGACCAUGGAGCUCCUCAGGACCAUAGAGCCUAGAUACAUGCAGGAAGGCUUCCUCGUCCGAGAGAUCCUAGAAGUACCAGUGACGGCACGAGAUGUGGAAAGAGAGCAUCACAGCCAGCUAAAGCGCUGGAAAAAGAACCACGGAGAGCUGAACUUCAAAUCACCCCCAAGGAUGCACGGUGCUCGGCUCAUCAUGUUGGCCGAGCCGCCGAGGCGCCAGGACCUGCAGCAGAACCCCACCAUCGUGCUUGAGGUGCCCCAGCCCACCCCGAAGCUGAAGAAAGGCAAGAAGGAGAGGGAAAGCAAGAAGAAGAGGGGCAGCAUUAAGAAGCCCCAGGCCAUCGAGGAGAUCCCUAAUCCAUACUCUCUGCCCAAUGAUCCUCCACCUCCACCCACGACUCCCCCAGACCCACCUCCUGUCAGCAGCAGCAGGACCCUGGAGACCGUGCAAGAGACUGAUACAGACUCAACUGACCAGCAGCCUCCUGAAGACCUUCCUCCUGAAGACCUUCCUCCUGAAGACCUUCCUCCUGCCAAAGAAUCUCCUCUUAAGCAAUCUACUAACAGCCUUAGCAGCACAGAGCAGGACACAUACCUGUAGCUCUGCAGCGGUGUGUUUGAAUCCUGUGUAUGUAUGUGUGUGUAUUUGUGUGUUUUGAUGAAGCACCAGCACUCUACAGUCAACAACCAGCCCACCUUACCAAGCUCUCCGAUUGGUCGGCAUCUCUAUUACUCUUGUGUUGGACUGUUGUGUAUCCAUGUAUCCAUGUUAGAAACCAUUUUGCCUGAAAUAUUGUUGAUGUACACUAAAGCAUCACUGCUCAGUGUGACUCUUUGAUGCUAACGCCUUGUCCUCUUCUUGGUGCUCUUGAACAUAAGUCUUAUAUUUCUGUUUGCACGGAGACAUGUUACUGAGUCAUUGGGAGUUAAAGUCAUUUCUUCUGAUGUGGUUACAUGUUUCAGUGGGAGGUGCCACAGUGUAGGCUGUUUUUCCUUUACAUUUUCUCUUGUUUUCAACACUAUUGAGUAUUUAAGUCAAACUGUGCAGCGAGGGGUGCAAACUUUAAAUCUUUGUGAUGGCUUUAUGUCUCAUUCAGGGUUUCGUCCACUAGAGGGCAGCCAUGCAGAGUUACAUUCCCCUCUCAGUAACUGAAGCUGAUCACAGCAGGGAUUGGAUUUCUUUCAUGUAGUAUAAUUUAGUCUGGGAGGUUUUCUUUUUUUCUGAAUUUGAUUUUUAUUCCAGUUGGGAAGUUUGUGCGUUUCAUGUUUUAUACCCACGAUCAUCCCUAUGCAUUCAUCAUAUUCAGUCACAUGAUAUUGUUUUUUUCUACGAGCACUAUUUAUUUAAAGAACAGUUCCAGCAUGAUAUGUUGUUUGUGCAUGCCGUGCUAGUGCACAAAUGGUCAUAUUUUCUCAUCACCAGUUGAAAUAAUACGGUUUGAUUCUGUGUGAACUACAAUAUUCACUGUUCCAAGCACGUCCAUACACUUUAGAGCUGCACUGUCUUAUUUAGUCUGACAGCGGAGAAGAGAGAAAACAGGACAUUCCUCAUGUCUGCCUUGUUAAAAGCUAAUCAGUGAAAAGCUGUCUCUUGCCAAAUGCAAUUCUGUGUCAUGUAUGUGAUUAUGCUUGUGUGUCCUGUGACACCUUGGACAAUUGGACAGGUGCUGACCUCCGCCUUAGGAUUGGCCAUAUAUCCAGUUGAGGCCGUGAAGAUCCUGUCACUUAUUGGGUCAAUUUUUCUGACAUAAUUUGCUAGACUUUCCAAAGCAGAUCAAGAAAGUGUUCUUUUGUGGUUUCCUUUGACCGCUAACUGUGAUCAGGCUUAUUCUGUUAUUACAGUGAAGAGGCAUCAUGUGAUUUGAAGGUAUUUUGGGAUGUUUUUAGCAUUUCUUGUUAUAAAAAAAAACUGAAUCAUUUCUUUGGGAUAUUUUGAGACAAGCAGGAAUUGAGACUUUUUUUUUCCUGUCUUUUUUUUCUUUUUCAAAACCUAUUGGACAAUCUCUUUGUAAUAGUCUGAUUCUGUUUUCUAACUUUAAUCACAUUGACUAAAGGUAAAGGGAGUUUGACAGCACAAGGACACGUGGUAAAUCUGUGUGUAUUAAAUAAUACGAAAAAGGUCUCCAGAAAAGAAAAGUGUGUGAUGGUCGUUUAAAAGAAAAGCAAGGAGGAUUAAAAAGAUACACUUCUUCAAGCAAACGCUUUCUUUAUGCAAUAGUUUUCUAACUGCUUAUAUUACACACCUCACAAUUUGCUGACGCUAUUUUAUUUUAAUUUAAUGCUCAUUGUGUAGAUAUGACAUGUAAAAAACGAUUUGUUUUGUAAUGAAAUCUAUUUUUCAAACUAUAAUGCUAUAUUUUAUUGUUACAGAAACUGAUCUCCUCUAAAUCAUUUGAAGUGUCAGAUGAAAAAGUUUAGCUCAACAUUUGUAACACUAGAUAGAAAAAGUUCAUCAUGAAAUUAAAAGGUAACUUUAAAGUCUUAAAGUGUUCUUACUCUAAAGACAGAUUGGUAGAAAGUACCAUUCAUACUGGGGUUAUAAAUAUGUAUUAGACAAGCAUGAGGCAUGAGUAUGCAAUGUCAUAAAUUUAAAUUCUGCAAAUAAAUUUUGUGAAAAGUUGA